AUGUACAAUGGAAUUGGUUUGGCUACUGCUAGAGGCUCAGGCACUAGUGGAUAUAUACAAAAAAAUCUAUCAUUCUAUAAGCCAAGGUCUAACUUUGAACGAAAUAACAACUUUCUUACUACCAAAUUAUCUAUAAAACCAGAUCCAGACCUUUUAGAACAUCAGAGAUUACGCCAAAUUGAACUUGAAGUUGUACUGUAUUUAGAAAAACUUUCAGCAGGAGGUCUAACUGGUGAGGAGUUAGAAAAUAAGGUAUCUCAAAAGCGAAAUGAGCUAAUGAAAAAGUUCAAUAAUUCUGCACAUAUAGAUUGUAAAGAUAUAAAUGAAAUAGUUAAUCUUGAUGCCCACCAACAAGCUUAUAUAAAGGAACAAGAACUCCAUAAAUUUAGGGAGGCCCUUAAAAUAAACGAAGAUGGUAGUUUAAGAAAUAAUUUAUUUGCAAAAAAACAAAAUAAUAAUAAGAAAAGUGAUGAAUGUGAUAUUGAACUAGUUAAACCUUCUAAGUAUUCAUCUGGUAAACAAAAUAAGAAAGGCAGAUAUUUUAAAUACUAUGAUUAUUCACCAAGAGACACUAUUGCUAAUUUUAAUUCUAAUGAACAAUAUUAUACAAAGAGUGGGAAAAGAUCUAAUUAUGGUUCAUAUUACAACUGUAAUGCAACUAAUGGUAAUAUGGAAGAAGUCAGGAUUAAUAAUGAUUCGGAAAGUAGUUGUGGCUAUACAGCUCCAGAUAGUUACGGCAGAAAUAAGAAUCGAAGAGGACAUAAAGGAAGAAACAUAUACAAUUUAUAUUCAGACCAUUGUGAAUCAAUAUCUCAUAUGAGGAGACAUAGGUAUAGACGAAGGAGAUCAAGAUCCCCUUCAACUGUAUCUAGAUAUCGUUCCUUAAGUAGAAGUCUAUAG